GGAGAGCACAGUCUGUCCCUGACUGAAGAGCGAAAAAAUCAGGACAGGACGACAGGAAUUGCCUGAAUACUUUGGAGACUUGCGGAGGGAUUUUAAACAAAUGUAUUUCACCUGAGCAUGUUGGAGAUUUCAACGUAAGCAGCAGACACUCCUGACUGUGUUGUGGUAACUUAUGGAACAUAUUUUCUGGAGGAAGCUUCAGUCUGGAGUCUGACUUCCAACCCUCUUCAGAACCAAAGCAGCUUUUUCUAAAAUAAUAUAUUUAAAAUGCCUCUGGAAAUAACAAAGUUAUAACAGGGUGAAUACAUUUAUACGUGAAAAUAAUUUCCUUUUCACAUCUGCUGGCUCGACGCUGCAUUCUUUUCAAGCAAGAGCUCAAUCACCAUUGACUUCUUUAGUUUUUAUGCCUCUUGCUUGUGACACUCCGAAGCCAAAAUUCUCCAGCAGCAGCAGCAGCUUACCUGCUCGUAACCAGCUAUUUUUAGUCUUAGAUACCCCAAGGAGGAGAAGCAAUGGCACAGAAGGAGGCAGGGGGGGAGCAGAGCAGUGUCAAAACAGGGGACAGUCUGGGGACCAAAGCUGUGGUGGGGGCUCCUACAUCAGGCGGAGGAGUGGUGGUGGAGGUCCGGGAGAAGAAGGGGCCCCUGAGGGCGGCGAUCCCCACUAUGCCAUUCCCUUUGGCGGUCAUCUGCUUGUUCCUCAACACCUUCAUCCCAGGGCUUGGAACCUUCAUCUCUGCCUUCAGCGUGCUGUGUGGUGCUCGCAGUGAGCUGAUUUCCGAGCGAGGAGUUUGCUGCGUGUUCUGGCUCAACGUGGCGGCGGCUUUAAUCCAAAUACUGACGGCCAUCAUCAUGGUGGGGUGGAUCAUGAGCAUCUUCUGGGGAAUGGACAUGGUCAUACUGGCAAGCUGCAGAGAUCAGGGCGUCCCUCAGGACGUCUGAACCAUCAGCCUGAUGUGUGGCGCCACCUGAGCGAGGUGAUGACCCGCGGCCUUCUGUUAUCGAAGGCGAGGACACUUGAAGAUAUAAUGAGCCCCAGGAGGCAGAUGGAAGAGAAGAACUCGUCUUUUUUUUUCAGUGGAAAAAUCCGAAAGUCGUGCCGAGCGGUCGCCCAGCUGCAGGGCCACUCGGGCGACGACAGUACUGACUCCUGAAAGUGUAUGUCUGUUUGUUUGUUUACCAACUAUUUCUGUGGCAGUUGAACAGUGAGGUCACAAGCGUGCGCAACCUUGACAAGGAAUUCCAUGAACUGAGUUUCAGUGUGUGUCAGUGAUGUCAGUGGUUAAAGCUGUUUCGUAGUGGCUGUAAAAACCUUCUGUAAAAUACCCACACGUGAUAAGCCACGUUCGUGAUCCAGGAGCCACAGCAGUCAUGUCAACAGUUUAAAAGCUGGCCAUAAUCUGAAGAGCAAAAGUCAGGUGAAAAUUGAUCAUAAUUUUACCAAUCUGGUCACUUAAAAGUGACCCCAGCUUUUGUUCUCAUUUUCAGAGGCCACUAGAUGGCACUCUCUGCUCUAAGCUCCUUGGAGUUGAACCAUUUCAAUGAAUCCACACAUCAUUGUUAAACUGAGAGCGCCCCCUACUGAGGCCACUGUUUCAUGAAGCCUCAUCAUCCCAUCGCUAUUUCUCACUCUUCUAUGAUGCUUUGUAUCACUUCAUCUAACGGCCUCACACAUCAGGCGGCAGAUGCCAAACCUUUUCGCAGUAACAUGUAUUUUGUGUGAACUUUGCCUGACUAUAGUAUUACGUUUGAUAAACAGUGCUGCUUUUACAUUGUACAAUAUAUUGCAUGCAUGUGCAGGUGUGUAACUGAAUGAAGCAGGAAGAGAUUCCACAGGUUGUAGAACUAUCUGUUUUGUCAUUUCAUGAAUUUCAAUUUAAAAAGACAGUAUUAUGGCAAGGCUUUCAGGGGUGUUUUUAAGAUCCCUGCGAUGUACAGAACAGGAAGUCUGUUUUGGGGAUGAGAGGGCUCAGAAUGACUGUAAAUAAAUAAAUCACAU